CCUGGAAGAUGCGAUGUUGUAGUCCGACCCUGUUACAUAUAGCUGAUGGUCGUCAGCAUACAUGAAAAGGUUUGUGUCAUGGUCAUGUCAUUCUGGAAUAAGUUCCAUAAUAAUGGACCAAAUGAAGAUUCCUGAGGUUAACCACGUGACAUUUUAGACCAUUCACUUCUAAUACUGCCUAGUUUUACGCGACUGUAUCUGUCAUUCAGAAACGAUCGAAUUAGAUCCAAUGAUUGGUUAGUAAACCCAUAUGCUUUGAGCUUCUUGAUGACUAAAUUGUGACAUAGGGGUCAAAAGCCUUACUCAUGUCUGUAGAUAGAAUGGUCACUAAUUCUUUUCUGUCGAUAGCAUGUAAAAGGAAAGAGUUAUAAAAAAUAAUAAUCAUCUUUAUUGAGGAAACUUUUUCAUAAAAGAUAUGGUUUUCAAAAAGGACCUCAAAACUAGAUAUAUAUUAUAAAAACAAAAAAAAAGCUAUAAAAUUGCAAAGGGAUUAAAAAGAUACAAAAAAUGCAUAAAAAAUUAAAAAUAGGUAUAAGUAAAAAUUAAAUGUAAGUAGCUAUAUUAAAAACUUAAGUAGCUAUAUUAAAAACUUAAAACAAGAGUUGGUUGAGAAGGUUAGGUUUUGUAUUCCUUUGAGACAGAUCUAUUUUCAUUCAUUUAUUAUGAUUAUUAGUAUUAUUAUCCUCAUUAGUAAUUUCCACCCAAGGGCACCACAUUGUACAACAAUGCAUGGAAACACAGAAGGGCAAACUAACAAUUGGACAUUAAGCUUACUAUAAUCAUUUAAAUAAUGAUUAAAAUUAAUGAAUUUUAGUCAUUAAACUCUUAAAAGUGGAAAAGUUAGUGGAUGAAGUAGCAGCAUAAAGUAGACAAAAUCAAUAAUCUCAUGGAGGCGAAUAUAAUUUGCAAGCUCAUAAUCUUUUUGUUUUCCAUCUGCUUUCUUUCUUUUUACUUCUACAUGUGAACCAAAAAGGAGGGAGCUCAAGACCACCAUUACAUCAAGAGAGUAAAGAGAAUGGUACAAGACACAAAGAAGAUAGGUUGUCCUGCACAAAAAAUUGUAAAGGAGGUAAUGAAAUUUCCUCAGUUUCAGGUAACAAUAUUUAAUCUUUUUGUAAUAAUCCUUUGUACCUUUGAGAGUAGGAAGGGGUUCAAUUGAAAGGGGUGGAAGGGCCAUUUUAAAAAUCAUGCAAUAUGCAGGCCGCUUAAAAAAAAUGAUCCUCACAUUGUAUAUCAAUGGGAUUGCAGACUUAUAGAUUUACAGCACAAUGUUCAAGUUUUAUUGCAAUUAAUUGAAAUUUUUACAUUUUGUCCAGAUAACCAUUGAUUCACCCAAAUGACAGAGAACUACAUCUGAAAAAGUACGAGAACACAUGUCAGGGCAGAAAGACUUCACUGGAGAAUGCCGUUUUUACAUUAAGCUUCCUGAGGUCAAGGAUCACCUGUACCACAUUACCGGAGAGGUAAACAUACAGACCACUCUUUCAUCCUCUUUUCCUUUGAUACGUAGUACAAAUAUCAAUCAUUAGUUACUGUAUCCUUAUUCUCACCCAGGCUAGUGGUAUCAACCAGGCAGUAGACACAAGAGUUAUCACCAAAAUUCAUGAUUUGUUGAACAGGGGUGUCACCGAUAAUGAUGAGAUGAGGAGACACUUGAGAGAAUUUGUUCGAAUUGAGAUCUUCCCUGGAAGAGAGAUGCCACUUCCGACAAGCCAACAGUAUUUUCCCACAAAGAAAGAUAUCUACAAUCUCAUGUACCGUGCAAUGGUAAAGAGCAGAUUUUCAAACUGCAAUCAAACAAAUGCAGAGGAGAAAGUCAAGGAGUGGCAAACGCAAACCCCAAUGACAAAUUUUUCUUCCGUAAAUAUAGUGGCAUUUAUGAUGCAAAAUUUGAGAAUGAUGUUGUAAGCAAUUCCAGCAAUGGAGAGGACCUGGAUGAUGAGGACAUCCGUGUAACAUCUCCACUGUCCAAUCAAAAAUUCCUCUUUGUCCAUCAAACAACUUGACAGAGAAGGCUGUUGAGCAAGUAUGGCAAUGACAUCUGCCUCUUGGAUGCCACGUAUAAGACCACUUGAUAUGCAUUACCACUGUUCUUUUUAGCAGUAAAAACAAAUGUUUACUAUCAGGUUGUGGCAUCAUUUGUUCUCCAAGAUGAGUCUACUGAUUCCAUUAAAGAAGCUUUGCAGGUCAUCGAAGACUGGAACCCUGACUGGCAACCAUCAUUCUUUAUGACUGAUUUUUGUGAGGAGGAAAUCCAAACUUUUGAGGAGACAUCUCCAGGUAUCACCAAACUCAGUAUUUUCCAUUUAUAAUGUGUUAUGUAUGUGUUCUACAUUGAAAGGAAAUAGAUAUAUUACUCAUUUGAUGUUAACUUUGCUUUUGUUUUUUGUUUUUUUCGCCUUUGACACAUUAUCACAAAUCUCAAACAAAGGAAAUUUUAUAACAAGCAAGUUUGAAGUUAGUCAAUCCAUUCUCUUGUAGUUAGUUUUGCUUGAGUCCAUCAAUAAGUCGCUUGUAUGGUGCCAGUAACUGUUGACUAAAUGUACAAUUCAGUGGUGUGAGUCCCAGUCAACUUGAUGUUUGGUCUGAAAAUGGUACAUUAAAAAGAAAGGGAUUGUGUAUUAAUGUUUGUUUGUUUUGUUUUGCUUGUAAAUUCUUUUUAAAUCUUUAUGAAACUAAAAUGUGGUACUGACAAGUUUGCAAGUUCAUGCCAACCAAUUUAAUUCUCCUGUGUAUUCAAAAGCUCAAACAGUCUAUAGCACACUGUUUUGAUUUUCUUCAACUAAUUUUGUCCGUCUGUGUUAACUUAAGGAUUGAUUGGUAUUUAAGUUUCUCGGCUGUGUUUAAUCUGCUAUUUUGAAUUAUUAUUAACCCAAUUUGCUUCAAGUUUGGGUUCGUUCCCAAUGUAUGAAUUGCAUGACAUUAUAGGACUGGGAAGAUUGCUCAGUCUUGAGAGUCAAAAAUAAUCAAGUCUGCCUACUUUUAGAGGUUGGUGGGGGGUUAGUCUUAAGCUCAUUCCAUGGCAUUAUCUGAUCACAUUAAUGUUUUGGAAAUUACCUUUUUAUAAUUAUUUGAGUGUCAAUGUAUUUAGCAUGAAAGUGCUAAUUGGGGACACUAUUUUUAUUAGUGUUAUGUCUCCUGCUGGAGACGGGACGGCCAUUUUACAUGGUCAUACAAGCCACGCAAAGCUAUUUGCAGGGCAAAGGCAGUACCUUCAUUUCUUAGUCAUUUUAAGACCCUGAGUGUUGGUCUGGUCCCGGGAAUCAAACCUACAACCUCCCACUCUGCAAUCAAGCACUCUUACCGACUGAACUAAUCCUGCUGUGGUUUAGUAAUACAAUUAUUCAUUUUAUUUCAGAGGGAAGUGCAAUAUUAAUUUGGUGAAAUGGAUCAAAAAAGGUGAGUUACUGUGUGUGGGGCUAUUCUCAUGAUACUGGAAUGAGUCCAUAUUAGUUUUGUUUACAAGAUACUGAACAACAUUCCAUUCUUGUGUACUAGUAAAAGCACUUUGCGCUAAUGACGUCACAAAUUUCUGGUCCCUGCUGUGACUUACCAGUAGACAUUGAACCAACCUGAUCAGUAUAAGAGUUUUGUAUGGGACAGUCACAUUCACCAACAAUUUUGUUGUCUUUGAAAAUUUUUAUUGUUAAAAGAAACAAAAUUCAACUUGGUUUCAAUAACGUAUAUCUAAGGUGACAAAACCUAUUUUAAGUAAUAUUGCAAAGUGCCAUUCCACAGUCAGUUCAUUCCACUUUUGAAAGACCAUUUCCAAAUGAAAUUCUUGUCCUGGUACGUGUAACUGGGCUCAAUAAUUAGCUCACAAAACUUUUUUCUUUUCGGUAUUAUUUUUGCGGUUCCUUUUAUCGUUUUCCCACAGUACGCGUUUCUUUAGGUUCUGCUUUGUGGUUACCCGUGUUUUAUCUAGCUUCGUAAUUUUUCCGCUGUUACACCCUUGAACAGGAAAGAAUUUAAUUGAUUUUAGUGUGCUUUAAUUUGUCGCCAUUGUUGUACAUGUAGUUUUUCCCCAAAGCACUCCAUUUGUUUCCUCCUGUUAUGAUAACAGAAUACGUAUGUAUUCUGCAGUAAAGCGAUAAUUGUGUUUUACAAACAGGUGUAUUACCAACAGGAAGGUUUCACUGUUUUGUGGCUUACCUACAUGUAGCUAUACUGUAGUUGUCCAAUCAUAUUGCUUAUAACAGGAUGCUGGCAGUAUGUUUUCAGCACGAUAUAAAUAUGCCUGCAUGUGGAGUUUCUACUCAUUAGUAUAGUUUCAGUAGCCAAGUUUACUGGUCAAGCCUGUAGGACAUAGCUCUGUAGAGUUCUCCCCUCACUGGAGUUGUGCUAUAUUGCCGUUUUCUUCCCCUUUUCCUGUCUCUUUUCUUUCGUUUUCCUAGCGUUUUUUUUUUAUUGUAGUUCUUAUUGUUUGUUUUGUAUGCAUUUUGUCUCUCUUUGGAUCACCAUUUGCUACCUCACCUUCCUCGUGCAGCUCGGUCACAUAUGCAAUUUCGUUCUAGUAUGACAUAGCUAAAACAAGCUUCAUUCAGGAUUGAAAUUAAAUUGCAAAUCGUGCUGUCUUGAGCGAGUGUGGGAAAACAGGAAAAAAUGUACUAAUGUAAUGUUUGUGCCUUAGGGAACUACAACUUAAGCCAGAUGGCCCAGCAUUUUGUGAGUUUUAUUUUAUUUUAUUAUUUUAGUGUUAUUAUUUUAAUGGAAAUUACAUGAAUAUUACUAAAAAGAAAAAGCAAAGCUACAAAUUAAAAUAAAGUGAAAAUGAAAUGAAAGAAAAAUAAUACAGGUAAUUGGAAUACAUAUAUGCCAUGAACUACAUGUAUUCAACUAUAUUCUGUAUAUUUUCACAAUCAGUGCACAAUGGACUAGGAACUAAAAAUAAAUAAUAAGUAACUAAAAGAAAAAGACUAAGGAAUCUGUAUUAUGGGAGGUACACUAGCAUUCACAUAGUUAAAGAAGUUUGGCCCAAUAUGUGGUCUGACUAAAUGAAUGUAGUUUGAGCAGUUUACAUGGGGUUGGGUACAAUUACUGAAAAUUCUCUUGAUUAAACGUAAGACUUGCGAUGUUUACUUUGGCCAUGAUAAUAGUUAUGCCAGGACAGAUUCUGACUUAUUAACAUUGACAUUAAGUCUUUGUUGGUAUUGUCAUAGGAGGAAACUGAUCUCUCAGCGGUCUGCUGUUUUCAAACUUGGCAACUUCACUGAUUUUAACCCUCUGGUGAUGACAAGGGACAAAAUUAAUCUUCAAAGAGUAGUAGUUUAAGAGUAAAAUUGGCAAUGGAUUUUUCCCCAACAUGUUUCUUUUUUUAGUAAAUGUGUAGUUCCAAAAAAUAUCCAUCCCCCCCAUGGAGGGCACUUUUGCUUUAGACCCCCCACCCCCCUAGAAGUUUCAUUCCAUGUUGCAGGGUUUGUACAGGUCAUGGACAACCUGGAAAGUCAUGGAAUAUAAGCAUUUCAGUUUCCAGGCCUGGAAAGUCAUGGAAAAUUAAAGUUUUUGUUUGAUAGCUUAGUUACUGUCAAUGGCAAGGCAAGGACAAUGCAAGAUAGAGAUAAGUGGACACCAGAGUUUGUGUCUGUUGAACUGUUUAAGGUCCAAAAAUACCAUAAAACAAGGAAAGUCCUAAAAAUGUUUGAAAGUGACAGCUAAACCUAAGGUCUUGGAAAACUUAAAAAGGUCAUGGAAAAAGUCAUGGAAUCUGAAGAGGUUAAAAGAGUACGAACCUCGCAGGCGGGUGCUGGUUAUCUAGCAACAGCUAGAUAACGGGAAGUUUAUUCAUGAGCUGAUGACAAGUAUAUUAAAGAAAGCUAUCGCAAAAGCCAUGAAAAAAGUAUUUAGCUGACCGUAGAUAAAAGAUGAUCAAUGCAAACAAUAAUACUUGUUUUGAAACACUGGUAACAGUAAAAUAACACAUAACUUGCUCAACAGAGAAGCUGUUAAUUAUUAAUAACUCACCAAUCUUACUCAGAGCCCCCUGGAAAAAAAAACCUAGGUGAGUAAACCCCCUCCCCCUUGGAAAUGAUCCUUUAGGACCUUCCCCCUUCCCCUCAGAAUUUCCAUUGCCCUCCAUGGGGUGGUGGGGGGGGGGAGGUUAUCGAUAAUUUCUGGAACUACUCAAUGGAAGUUUAUCAGGAUUGGUCAGAAUAUCCAGACCGAGGCCGAGGUAUUAGUGGAAAGAUCUAUCUUUGCUGACAACAACAACAACAACAACAACAACAACACUUUAUUUCACCCCAUAAUAUACAAGAAAUAAAAAUUUAUAACAAUAGUACAGACGAUGAUAGGGGCGCGGGCUGCCCAAAAUAACCGAAGAGUUAAAAAUGCCAGCAGCCAGUUAAAAGAAAAGAUGUUUAAAUGUGUAGGUCAGGGACACAAGAACAAAGAAAACAGAGAAACACACACAAAUAGUUAAGUAAACUACCAGUAUAUAAAGAGACUAAAAUUCAUACAUUGCAAAACAGUAUUAUUUCCAUUUUAAAGUUACCCAGACAAUGUACAGAUGUCUAGUAAUCUUUGAUAAAGUGCUGUUUCAUUUUCUUUUUAAACAAAGACAAUGAAGAUAAUUUGAUAUCUUCGUCAAUGGAAUUCCAUACUGAUGGACCUUGAAAUCUGAUAUUUAAUAUACCAUAAUUUGUUCUUGCUUUUGGAAGAUAAUAAGACUGUUUUGCACCAAGCCUUGUAUUAUAGGUAUGAAUUUGCGAAAUUUUAGUGAAAAAAAAUUAAAGACCGAUGGCAAUAAUUGAUUAUGAUAUUUAUACAUAAAGAUUGCUAAAUGAAAAGUUACUAGGUCCAGGAAUUUUAUAAUUUCAAGAGAUUUAAACAAAGGACUAGAGUGCUCAUCGAAUCUAGAAAGUUUUUACCAUCUUGUUACAUGUAGCUUAAACUGAAAGCUCAAUGGGUCCAGGGAGGGAAAUAUGCAUUGUUCCUUAUGGAACAAAAAUGACCAGAGCUGUCGUCAAAGGGUUAAGGUGUUAUUUCCAGGAUUUUUAUUAACUGUUGUUAUUUAAAAUAAGACCGUGGAAGUGUCUUUUGAUAAAUCAACAACAAUGUCAGUUUGAGUGUAGACUGAAUAGUUGUUAAUUUUUCCCCAGCACCAUGGAUCUAACAGAGUAAGGAAGUUUGUGACUACAGACUGUGGCUGCACACUGGUGGUGAAAUGUCAUAAUAAAGGAAGUUGCAUUCAAGGACCUGUUGAGAAGUUGUCUUGGCUUCAUACUAAUGUUAUAACAAAGCAAAGAAGUAUAUUUAAAACAGUGCUAUAACGAUUAGAGUCAAUUCUCUUUUCUCUGCAGGUAUAUAUGGGAAAUAUUUAAUAACCAUUUCAGGUUGUUAUUACAAAGAGAUGCUGGUUAUUUUGACAAUGAUCAUGUGGUUUGCCUGUCCACAUUAAUUUACUGAAAUUUAUUUUAAUUUGUAAGAGUUGGACUGAUCAAGAAUGAAAAUGAUAUCAGUUGAAUUUCCAGAAAUUCUCAAACCCUGUGCAGUUGGCAGCAUUCAUACAGCAGCUUUGUACAAUCUUGAAAAGGUCUUGAAGUAAAAAGUUAUUGAAUUCGCUUAAGGUCUUUGAAAAGUACUGGAUUCCUUUAUUGGGUCUUCAAAAGUCCUGGAAAUUCAAUACCUCGUCUACUCCACACUGUUUUCUGUGAAAUUAGAUUAUCUCACAGAGGAAAAUUUGGCUCGUCCUUGGUGUAAGAACCUGUAAAACUCACGGUUAAUCUAAUUGUUACAACUUUUUUGUGCAUAAACAAUAUUUUGUUUCUGUUUCCUUAUUUCAAAUGCUAUUUCUGUACCUCAGAUGCAACUUCAAGUCAUACCCAGUCGUUGCAAAGUGUUGUCACGGAAAGUGGUAUGGCUGAAGAAGUAAAAAUGGUAAACGACUCCUUAGUUCAAAAAUGA